ACAAUCGGCCUCAGUUAUUUAGCGCGUCUCUGCUCCGCUGCGCUCAGUCCGCUGCCGGCGCGCACACAUGUCCCGCGGAGGAAACGACCUUUUGGAAAAACUUAUACUUAAUCCUGUUUUUAGAAUGAGCGGAGAUCGUUUCAGCGGGAUCGACCUUCGCAUGUGAUCUGUCAUUUGUGAGGAGCCACACCGCCACAUCAAGACUGGCUUUUGCUUUUUUGUAUUUUUUUUUUGUAUUCUUACUUUCCGUCACCUACCAUGAGAACAGCUGAGGACUCCUCUGGAACGGUCCUGCACCGCCUCAUCCAGGAGCAGCUCCGCUACGGAAACCUGAAGGACACGCGCACGCUGCUGGCCAUCCAGCAGCAGGCCCUGCGUGGAGGGGGCAGCCCCCGCUCCUCCCUGGAGAGCCUGACCCAGGAGGAGACCCAGUACAUGCAGAUGUCGGCGCGGCAGGAGCCGCAGGGCCAGGAGCACCAGGCCGACUGCCUGCACUCCGAACACCCGGUGUGCCACCUGUACCAGCUGCACGAGGAGGAGCUGCCCACCUACGAGCAGGCCAAGGCCCACUCCCAGUACCUGAUCUCCCAGAAGGAGCAGGACGCCGCCGACGUGGACGUCGUCGCGGGGGGUCAGAGUGAGGGACAGUGGGAUCUGAAGAGAGAGCACGCUCGCUCUCUCAGCGAGAGGCUCAUGCAGCUCUCCCUGGAGAGAAACGGACACCGGGCGGAUCUGGCUAUGAGCUCCUCACACAGCUAUCCGCAGCUGUACAACAAUGCUUCUAAUGUUUCAUACGCCGUCGCAACCGAUGGACACGGGGCCCCGCAGUACGUGGACCACCGCGGGCCGCCGCCGGAUUAUCCUCUCUAUGUCAAAGUUCCUGAGUACAUGCUCAGCCACUCGCAGGAGCACGUGCAGUACCACAGAGACCCGCCUCCAUCCUUCUACUCGCAGCAUCACAGCAGGUAUGUGUCUGCCCAGGCCCCGGUGGUUCACGACAGCAUCCCAGCACCCUGCAGCAACACCGAGUUAGCCCUGAUGCAGGAGAACGAGCGGCUCAGGAGAGAGCUGGAGGUGUACGCAGAGAAGGCUGCAAGGCUGCAGAAGUUGGAGCUGGAGAUUCAAAGGAUAUCAGAGGCUUAUGAGACCCUGAUGAAAGGCUCUUCCAAGCGGGAAGCCCUGGAGAAAACCAUGAGGAAUAAACUAGAGGCGGAGCUUAAGAGGAUGCACGACUUCAACCGAGACCUGAGAGAGCAACUCGACACAGCCACCAAACACAGAGCAGCCAAGGAAGCUGAGUGUUCAGACCGGAGGCAGCACGUCUUUGUCAAACUCCUGGAGCAAAAUGAGGAGCAGCAGCGGGAGCGCGAGCGUCUGGAGAGGCAGAUCCAGCAUCUGCUCGUGUCCAGCGAGGAAUGCCAGGGCAGGCGGGAGAUGAUGGAGCAGGCCCUGGCUUCGUCGCAGGCCCGCAACCGGCAGCUGGAGGAAGAGCUGCAGAGGAAACGGGCCUAUGUGAAGAAGGUGGAGCGGCUGCAGAGCUCGCUGGCUCAGCUGCAGGCGGCGUGCGAGAAGAGGGAGGUGCUGGAGCUGCGGCUGCGCACUCGGCUGGAGCAGGAGCUGAAAAGCCUCAGGGCGCAACAGUCCCAGGCCCGGUCGGGCGACCUCACCGCCUCAGAGCUGAGCUCGUCCACGUUACAGCAGAAGCUGCGGGAGAGAGAGGAGCGUGUUCUGGCCCUGGAGGCAGACAUCACCAAGUGGGAGCAGAAGUACCUGGAGGAGAGCACCAUGAGGCAGUUUGCUAUGGACGCAGCCGCCACCGCUGCAGCGCAGAGAGAUACGACCAUUAUCAAUCACUCACCCGGACACUCACCGAGCAGCAGUUUCAAUGACGACCUGCUGUUACCGGGUCACAGGCAUCAGGAGAUGGAGAACAGGAUCCGAGUGCUUCACGCUCAGCUCCUAGAAAAGGAUGCCGUUAUCAAAGUCCUCCAGCAGCGCUCCAGAUUGGAGCAAGGCAAACCGGAGAGUCAGGGGCUCCGUCCAGCCAGAUCCGUCCCCACCAUCAACACCGCAGCCUGCAGCGCAGAGAAAAAAGGGAGGAGCCUCUCGGAGGACCAGACAGGUGCUGCGGAGCUGAAAGUCCCAUCCUUUGUGGCAUCCAAGUCCUUGAAGAAAGACUCUAGCACCCAAAGUGACGAGUCGGGGGCCACAGAAGAGAUAAAGGCUUGUGAAGUCGUCUCAGCAGCUGCCACUGAUGCCUCAGAGGAACCAAAGGCCGUGUCCACGACGCUCAAGAGCAUGAGUAGCUCAGACUCAGAGGCGAUUGAAAUCCUCAUUUGAUGGAGCGGUGCUCACACGCUCCAGUGAUGGAGCGGCGACAGCCAGCCCCGGCAGAAAUGUCUGCCUGAGGCGCUAGGAGCUCGUUCCACGUCUGGUUUAAAACAGCCGGCAGACUCCUAGAAUGUGGCACCGUUUUGCUGAGGAGAGCUGAGCUUUCCUCGUGCACCAGUGAACAUUGGGAAGUCUUCAUGGUACCUGGACGGUGACGGGACAGGCCUGCUGAGUGCAUGCUGGGUGGGAUUAGUUAUGAAUUGUAUUUAUAUACAUAAAUGCUGCUCAUAUUGUGAUGACUUUUCUGUUUGAAUGAUGACUCGCGUUUGAAGUGAUAUAUAAAUAAUCACUUUAAUUGGUAUGUUUUUAUUGGUUGUAUGUGGAACUGUAGCAUCCCUGUUACCAUAUCCUCUUGAACUAUUGGGAAUAUUUAUAAGUAUACUCAGAAUAAGCAUGCUCUGUUUUAAAGGAAUCUUUGAGGAAUGAAACCCGGCUUAAUUUAAAUUAACAGAUGCUCCUCUAAAAUACAUUUGGGUGUCCGACUCCCAGCUUAGCGGAAGGAUCCGUAAACUUCCUCAUGAAUGCAUAGCUUGCAGAACAUCUGCGUGUUUCACGCUUAAAAAAAGCCCCGCGAGGAGUGACAACAUUUCACCGGGGUCCAAUUUUCCAAAUCCCGAUUUAAUGUUUGGGGCCCCGGAUGGCUGCUGCCUAACGUCGCUCCUCUCUGACACACUAAAGCGAAUCUUCUCACAUUCCUCGCCGAGGGAAUGCUCCAGUAAAAGAAAAAGGCUAUCUAAAGUCUGACCCCUCGGCCUUGUUAAAAUGGCAAGCAUUCUCCACGUGACUCCUUUUUCCGGGACUGGUUAUUUCUCCCGAGCUCCAUGGUAGCUGGUUUUACCAUAAGCAUAAAAAGGCUCCACUAUAAUUGGCCUGCAUUUGCUACACUCUUUGUCAUCUCCAUCUCUGAGUUAUAUUCAGCCGUAUGCUGCGACCAUAUGCUUAACGUGGAAUUUCUCUAUUUAUUUUUCUUCCCUUAUUGUAGGAUUACUGAACACUGCUGAAUGUAGACUACUGUUUUCAAGGAAUGUGCUUGGUGUUUGACUGGAAUGUGCCUCGAUUUGUUUUUUCUCUGCUCUUGAGGGGUAAAGAUUGCUGAAAUUCAACAUCGGUGGGCUUCAGGUGGAGCUCACGUGCUACCAUCCAGUUGAAUACUGAUACUAGUUUUGUGUGGACAGUGCCUCUCAAUAGUAGUGCUUUGUAAAGUGCAUAAAUGGCUUGUAAAAUCUAACAUUUAAUCUCUUCUCCCUUUAAACGUCAUCGUAUUUCUCAUCACAGUGCAUUUGCUGGUCAAUGCCGUGUUUUAGUUUUAAGUUACUGUCAAUUACUUUUGUGUGGAAUGUUGUUUACACAAAUGGCUAUUUGAAGCAAGAUAAGUUAAUAUAUUUUUGUUUGUUUUUCAUUUAUAUAUCUGUUAUUGUGUUGUGUCCCGGUGCCAAAGAUGUACUCUAUGUUUAAGUUAUAAGUUAUGACGAAUACAAAAGGCUCCGCUAAGGGGCCUUGCUUUAGUGGGUUGACCCAAUGUGAUGUUGCUGUGAACUUUUGUAAAGGAAGCAUUUGUAUGUAUGCCUUAACAUUUCACAAUAAUAGAUUAAAAAUCUUAAUAUAUGUCUGAUAAAA